AGUAUUUCACUUGAUAAAGUACCAUGCAAAUAAUAUAACCUACCAAUUCAAUCUUCGCAUGAAACCCACCACUAGGCUACCAUGUCUGUAUUUUUCUUUUUCUUUUCUUUCUAAGCUACAUAAACUUGAUGAUUAUCAAUGGAAAGUCCCCACUAAUGUAAUCCAAGAGUAUGUGAUUUGCAUUGGUAACUCCUUGCACAGUUGCACUUUAAAAUAAAAGCAUUUAUAGUCCUCACUGUAUGCAGUGUACCACCUGCAGUAGCAGCAGCUAUAUCACAGACCGCUAUUACCAUCUGAAAGCGUGCACAAAGUUUCAGAUCGUUAUUUCCGAUGCUUGCGCCAGCUCAUGGGUGCCUCGAGACGAAACGGAUCCCUCCUUUGAUUGGCCACAAAAGCGCUACGUGGACGUCGAGCAGGAACAGGUAGAGCGCCUGACCGUUAUCAUUUCAUUCUGACUGCUGCCGUCAGGACGACCACAGCGCUACACGUCAACUAUUAUCGCUCCCCGCAAGCCUCUUAUCGCGCAGACAUCGCCACGAGUUUGGUGGAAAUUUAUUUCAAGGGCCUACACCAGGGUGUGGGUGAGUCAAGUAUGAAGUCCAAAGGAAAGGGGUCAAAGCGGGGCAGACAGUCUUGGGCAGAACAGGACGACCCAGAGUUUACACUGGAAACAGAGCCAUGUUCCAGCGAGCAGGAGGGUUCAGAGGCAUCCGUGAGGCUGGGUGGGACGUGGAGAACACUGAGGGGUGAGAGGCACGGCGGUUCCCGCGUAGGUACGCGUCGCAGGCGUCUGCACGGCAGCACCAAGGAACGCAAUGUCCGCAGGCUGGAGAGUAAUGAGAGAGAGAGGCAAAGGAUGCACAAACUCAACAAUGCCUUUCAGGCCCUACGGGAGUCCAUUCCUCACGUCAAAACAGACAAGAAACUUUCCAAGAUCGAGACUCUCACACUGGCUAAGAACUACAUCAAGUCCUUAACCACAAUCAUCCUGGGCAUGUCAAACGCCUGCCUGCCUCACGCCGAGAGUCACAUGGAGACUAACGCCUCCCGGCUCCUGCAGUGUUAUCAGCAGCAUCUACAGGAGGAGGGAGAGGAGGAUCUGUCCAGCUACCUGAGCCACAUUCACAGCUUCAGCCAGGGCAGCUAACACACACUGCCACAGACUCAGUGAGCGCUGUGUAAAUACAUGCAUGAUGGCAAAUACCAGCUCGGAAGACUAACAAAAGGGUCUAUUUGAAUAACCCUGAGUUUACAAGCUAAAGCUGGUCCAUAAACAAGCUCAUUUAUGUACAGAAAAUGCAUAGAUUAUGUUGUCCAUAAACAAUGUGGUAGUAAUUUGCCAUUAUCAUUGCCAAAUUGCCAGCGGUAACUCUCUGGAUUAUGAAAGGACACAGUCUGCUGGUCAUUAAUGUACUUAACCCCAAAAUCGGACAAAAGAAGAUGCUUUGCUCAUAUAGUGAAAGUCAAUGGGGUCCAAAACAACACUGGACCCCCUGACUUUUAUUGUAUGGAGUUCUCAUUUUUGGGUGAACUAUUCCUUUAACAUGGCGAGUAUUUCAUAUUAAAAAUGCAAAGUUUUGGAGCAAAUUUCAUAUUUAUUCAGAGGACACAAACCUUACACGUAUGACACUGAGAGGAGGUCACUGUUCCCAAAUAUUGACUCUUUACCCUGUUAUUUGUCUACAUUUAAUAAUUUAAAACUAUAUUAUCCUUUUCUUUUUCCAGUGGUUUCUCUCAUGCCUGCAUAUAAUUUCUUUGUAUGUACAGAAGCAACCUUAAAUAAUGCUCUUGAGGAUGUCACACAAUUGAUGCAGUUUCACAUUAGGACUGUAAUUACCCAUAAAUAUUCAAAAUUUAUACACCCACAUGUACAACAUAAUUUAGCAGGAAAGGAAUAAAACAAACUUUUCAUCCUAA